GGCUAUCUAGAGAGCGAUGCCAUUUUUCAGACAGGGGACACAAACGUGGACGACGAUGGAUUUUUUCAAUUCCGAUUAAUUUGAAUCCACUUAAAAUGGGGAGACGGAAGUCUGUUCUUUUAGCAGUAGAUGGCGCUGUUAACCUAAAAUCUAGAUCGCGACUGUUGCUGCUCUAGGACCCGGGAGCUGCACUUUGAUGCAGUGAAAGAACGUAUUUGCAGAGGACACACGAUCCAGACAAGAGCUGUUCGGAAGCUGACCCUCUUGUCUUUCGCAAAGUACUGUAACAGUAGUCUGUGAGACUCAUUAUAAGCCCAUGUUUAAAAGUAGGUCGCACUGACAGGUAAACUAACUUAAAUUUUGCGUAAUGGAUACCGACAUCCUACACAACGUGCUGAGCAUCUCGGGAUAAUCUCGGGAUUUACCAGUGCUUGUCCUGAACGCCAGGUUACCAGAUAAUUUGGAUGUUAUGUAAAGAAUGGUGUGUGUAGCUUUCGCGAUCUGCUUCAGCCGCACUGCAGACUCUUCGUAUCGAUGUGUAGUACAGUUGUGAUGAGUAUGAGCAAGUGUUGGGGGGGGGGGGGGGGGGGUUUAGACUUCUGCAGCUGUCAGUCUUUCAUCAGCCCAUCCCCAGUUGCCAUGGAAGUAAGUCCCUUUCGAGUCAUCAGCAUAGAAUCGGGCGCUCUUUAGGUUCGAGGCCAGCUGAAUAUGGGAUUAAAUCCCGUGGGGCUCUGAAUGGAGACUCGCAUACUUUCUGUCUGAGGGUAUUUCACACAUCCGUCCGCUGGCAACAGGCUUCCUCAUGCGUGUGCUGCUCAUACAUUCUGAAUGGCGUGCUGUCAUGUUCCUUCAUAAAGUAUUAAAAAUAAAUACUUUUCCCCCAAAAUAUAGCAAUUAGGAGUACAAGCGGCGUGGCUGAUGGAACGCUAUUAAAAAGCGUAUUAAAAUUGUUUAACAGUGCACAUUUAAAAUGUAACUUAAAAGCUGUAAAGGAACUUUUUAUGACUCCUUAACACAGGUUAGACACUUUUCCUUCACGCAAUCGGCAUGACACCAACGCAAAAAAUAAGAAUAAAAUAAAUAUAAUAAAUUCACGUACGGUAGUUCGAUCACCUGUUUGGCAGGCAUUAACAAAGAAAUGCCAUAUAAUAUAAGUGUCCAGGGUCCGAUCUGAUAUAAACGACGUUGCAAUAGCCUAAUUGAUGUAAUUCAGUUGUGAAUGACGUUGUGUUUGUUGAAUACCGCAAAUCACUCUUCUAGCACAUAACUUAAUAGUAGCCUACAGUUUAUAGUAAUAAACUUAUAUUAAUGUAACGUAGUGUAAUUUACUUUAAUCGCGAGUUGCGUUGGUGACUGUACUAUGAAGAAACCAAUAGACGGUACUUUUGGUGUUGGGUCGUUUUAAAAUUUAGCCUAUUCAUGCGACGAAUGUGCGAGAUUAAUCUAACCAAUAGACAUGUAUACAUCUUUAGUUAGGCGUGGAUUAAUGAGCAGUGCGCCCUUCAUUGCACAGAAACCAGUCAUUUAUGAUACGUCUUUACAACAGCUGCGGAAAUUUAAAAGCGUCAGCGCAAAUGGAAGAGAAUAAAAGGGGGGGAGGGGGGCAACACGAUCGGUCCCCUAUUGUUGGACACGGUAAUCCGAUAACAGACCGUGCUUGCGCCGUCUACUCUCCAAGCCUGACGGCCGUGUGUCACUGCAUGAAUAAAUUAGUGACCGCCCUGAGACAAUACAAAACCCCCUUCUACCGGGUGGCUCCGAUCUAACUACAAGCUAUGAGUGCAUUUGCACCGCAGUCCGCAGAUAUGAUGAUGGUUAGGGGUACCUCGGUAAGAUGGAGACAAUGAAAGAGGCAGCAUCUUGUGUCACCGGCGCACGUAACAUCUGUAAGGCCCCAUUCACGACAGAACCGGGGCUUAAUAAAUUAUUAACUACCUUCCAUUUCAGAAUCGUCGGUGUGCAUUACAUAUUAGGAAAGGAUGAAUGUCCACAGUAUUGUUUGAGCCAGUCUGUGGACUUGGUAAAGUCUCAGUAACCUUUUGCAUGCUCUGUCUAUAAACGAAAAGUGCAUGCUUUUUCUAAUCGAGAUAAGUUUGACUUGAGUAUCAAAUAACCAUCAUGUAGACUUAUGUUCCUGGAAUGUGUUCAUAUGAAGGGAAGAUAGGAGGAAGGUGCAACAGGCGACCCCAUAGAAAGAGCUCGACUGGAAACAACAAUAAUAAUAAUAACAUAAUUUUAAUGCUUAAUUGUUUUACGAAUUGCCUAGUUGUGUCAAAAAGUCUGUAAUAAACAAAGGCAGAUGCGGUGAAUCAACGUCCAGAAUGUGAUAAGGGAGAGGAAAAACAAUAUAGUCCGGACAACGUUAUAGGCUGCUUGUUUAAAUCUGUAGCCUCCGUUUGGUUUUUGGGAAAGCAUUCGCUGAAAUAAAUCUGCUGGCCAUAUAACUGCUAAAGAUGAAUACAAUAUUUUAUCCAAAACAGAUAAACUGAAUAUUACCAUUAAAUGUCGAAUUCCCCACAGGAAUCAACAAAGGAUAUUUCACCCCAUUAGAUCUCUCAAUAAGAUAAGAUAAGAUAAGAUAUAUCUCGCUGGGAGUGUGGUAAUGGGGCAGUUGUAAUAGAAUAGAAUGAAUAUGAUUCUUUCAGAAAAAAAAAAAAUUCGUUUGUGCUAACCUAAUAUGCUAUCUUUUAUUCUCUAGUUAGAAGGAAAACAUGUAUGUUUAAAUGUUAAACACUGUAGUUGUAUUUUCUGAUAACUGAGAUUGAAUAUUUAUUUCCAAAUAAAGCAGAAGUAUCAUCAUGUCAUGGUAAGCUAUGGCAACAGGUGGAUCGCGGGUGUCCUGCUGGGGUCUGGACUGCGUUCCACACUGGUGACUGGCAUGUUGUCCCAUGUGUUUGAAUGUCACAGUGAAAAGGAGUGUGAAACACAGGCCGCUUUAUCCCGGGAUGAAACCGCCUGAGCCCCGCUAGAUGUCCGGCGGCCACAUGCGCUCCACAGCCCUCGGCACGCCGCUGACCCGCACACUGGUGUCUCUGCUUCGCUUCUCCUCUGCUAGCCACCUGGCUCAAAAAAUCCCAAAGGACAACAAAGAAAAUGAAUGUAUUCAAGACUUAAAUAACACUUACUUUCCGUAUUUAAUGUCUGACACAUCACCAGUAUUGCUUUAACUAUAUUUUGGUGUGUCAUAUAGCCUAAUUAGGAUCACCAACUGCAUGCUGUUUUUGUUUCCGCAGUAUUAUAGAUAAAAUGUUUAUUGUAAUGUUUAUUGUCAGUGUCACACUCCAAAGUGCGUGUCUUAACGGGGGGACUAAGGGCCAUGCAUUUACUGUCACUUUAUUUCAGCUCCAACAUGAAUGCGAUUAAAUAACUACAACAAUGUCCAUAUGUCCCUGUAUAGGCCAAUUACAGUUCGUUUCAUUACCUGUUUCGCAUUUACACUGUUAAUUGGCCUAUAUAUUUUGGAUACGCAGUAGAAAGACGAAUCAAUAGUUUUUAUUACGACAAAAACGACGCAGCACAACUGGAAACAAGGAUAGAUAGAUACACUAAGUCUUUAGUGCAUACGUUUGUAUUUAUUCAUUUAUUUUCUUUAUUAUUGCGGCUACUUUUUCCACUUUCCAGUGUGGCCCUGACGGGGGCGGCUGGCGUUUCCCGGCUCUUUGCAUGGGCAUGCGGCAGUGGGUGGGCAGGAAUCUGCGCCCAGUCCCUCCCUCGCUGCUCUGGGGUGGAGUUACUGGGAGCACAUUUAGUAAUGGGUCACAAGCUCGCCGCUUAGUUUCCGAAAAGUGGCGAAUGCGAGUUGCGGACACUUGUUGUUCUCUCGGACAAUCCGCUCAUUUCCCAUCAAUACAGUGAAAAAGCUGAUCUACCUCGAACAUCUUCCAGUUUUAUUUGAUUUUUUUUACAGUCUCAUGUUUCUGAAUCGUGUCCGGUUUAAGGAAUAUUGAUAAUUUAAUAAUCAUUUUAGGAAUUGUUGCACUAUUUUUGUUGUUGAUCUUGACAUUGUUUUUGCACUAAAUACGGUUGGCGAACAUGCACACCACGCAGAAGGACACAACCUAUACCAAGAUCUUUGUAGGAGGUCUUCCGUACCACACCACGGACUCCAGUCUCAGGAAAUACUUCGAGGUGUUCGGAGAAAUCGAGGAGGCUGUUGUAAUUACCGACAGGCAGACCGGCAAGUCCAGGGGUUAUGGAUUCGUGACGAUGGCGGACCGGACUGCGGCAGACAGGGCCUGCAAGGACCCCAAUCCCAUCAUUGAUGGCAGGAAGGCGAAUGUUAACCUGGCGUACCUAGGAGCCAAGCCCAGGGUGAUGCAGCCAGGCUUCACCUUUGGCGUGCCCCAGAUCCACCCAGCGUUCAUACAGCGGCCUUAUGGGAUCCCAGCGCACUAUGUCUACCCGCAGGCCUUUGUGCAGCCCAGCGUGGUGAUCCCGCACGUGCAGCCGGCCGCUGCCACGGCCGCCACCUCAUCCCCGUACAUCGACUACGCGGGCGCUGCCUAUGCUCAGUACUCCGCGGCCGCUGCCGUCGCUGCCGCCGCAUACGAGCAGUAUCCCUACGCCGCCUCGCCCGCUGCCACUGGCUAUGUGGCCCCCGCCAGCUACGGCUAUGCCGUCCAGCAGCCCCUAGCCGCUGCCGCUCCCGGCUCGGCCGCCGCGGCCGCCGCUGCCUUCGGCCAGUACCAGCCCCAGCAGCUGCAGACCGACCGCAUGCAAUAGCAUCACCUGCAGGGGGC